ACUCAGCGGCAGCCGGGGCAGCCGGAUCGCGGCGGCGGCGGCGGCGGCUGCUGCUGCUGCGCGGAGGGAGCGCGGAGCGGAGGGAUGUGGGGCUUUGUGGGAGGCAGGAUCUUCGGGAUCUUCUCCGCUCCCGUCCUGGUGGCCGUGGUCUGCUGCGCCCAGAGUGUGAACGAUCCCGGCAACAUGUCCUUCGUGAAAGAAACUGUGGAUAAAUUGUUGAAAGGCUACGACAUCCGCCUCCGGCCGGAUUUCGGAGGUCCGCCCGUCUGCGUGGGGAUGAACAUCGACAUCGCCAGCAUCGACAUGGUUUCCGAAGUCAACAUGGAUUACACUUUGACAAUGUAUUUUCAACAGUACUGGAGAGAUAAGAGGCUGGCUUACGCUGGGAUACCUCUCAACCUCACGCUUGACAACCGGGUGGCAGAUCAGCUUUGGGUGCCUGACACUUACUUCUUAAAUGACAAGAAAUCAUUUGUGCAUGGUGUUACUGUGAAGAAUCGAAUGAUUCGCCUUCACCCGGAUGGAACAGUGCUUUACGGCCUCAGAAUCACAACCACUGCUGCUUGUAUGAUGGACUUGAGAAGAUACCCACUGGAUGAACAAAACUGUACUCUGGAAAUAGAAAGCUAUGGUUACACAACUGAUGACAUAGAGUUCUACUGGAGAGGUGGGGAUAACGCAGUCACUGGCGUGGAGAGGAUUGAACUUCCUCAGUUCUCUAUCGUGGAAUACAGACUGGUGUCAAAGAAUGUUGUCUUUGCCACAGGUGCCUAUCCAAGACUCUCACUGAGCUUCAGGUUGAAAAGAAAUAUUGGAUACUUUAUUCUUCAAACCUACAUGCCCUCCAUACUGAUUACCAUUUUAUCAUGGGUGUCAUUCUGGAUCAAUUAUGAUGCAUCAGCAGCAAGAGUUGCCCUUGGAAUUACAACCGUGCUGACAAUGACAACAAUCAACACUCACCUGCGAGAGACUUUGCCUAAAAUUCCAUAUGUUAAAGCCAUUGACAUGUAUCUCAUGGGCUGCUUUGUGUUUGUCUUCUUGGCCUUACUUGAAUACGCCUUUGUCAACUACAUUUUCUUUGGAAAAGGCCCUCAAAGGCAGAAGAAACUUGCAGAAAAAACAACAAAGGCAAACAAUGAUCGCUCAAGGUUUGAAGGCAGUCGGGUGGAUACCCAUGGAAACAUUCUGCUAACAUCACUUGAAAUUCACAACGAGGUGGCAAGCAAUGAGGUCACCACCAGCGUUACGGAAGCCCGAAAUUCAACUAUAUCCUUUGACAACUCAGGAAUCCAAUACAGAAAACAAAGCUCACAUCGUGAAAGCUUUGGAAGGCGUCCUUCAGAAAGAACAGGCUCUCAUAGCAAGAGGGGCCAUUUACGAAGAAGGUCUUCGCAACUGAAAAUAAAAAUCCCUGAUCUAACGGAUGUGAAUGCCAUCGACAGAUGGUCAAGAAUGGUGUUUCCAUUCACAUUUUCUCUUUUCAACUUAAUUUACUGGCUAUACUAUGUUAACUGAAUGACUGAGUUUUUUUAAAGGACUUCAGUUAUAACAAGUGAAGUACUACUUGCCUGCAGAGUUUAUAUAUAUAUUUAUAUAUAUUUAUAUAUAAAAAAAUAUAUAUAUGAACUUUUACUAUGUAGACCAUAUUCAUGUAUGUGUGAAUACAUGUAGCAAAGAAUUGUGUGUACUUUAAAGCACAUACUGCAAAGCAAAAGUAUAUGUAUGCACACACACAUGAACACAUUCAUUCUGAGGUUAUGGACACUUCAACAUAGAAUGCACUUCAGAGGACCUUUUUAAAUCAAAAGGCAGGUGUUGUCAAACACCUUUGACAACAAGCCUUGAGAAAGCGUUGUAUAUCAUCACUACAAAACUUUGAUUGUCAUAGAAAUUUUCAAACAGCUGUAAUCAUGUAUAAAGUCAGUAUUUAGUAACAUCAUUUGUAAAUGCUGCCAUACACACUAAUCAUAAAGCAGUAGAGUUACACUGGUAAGUUUAAAAUAAGUUAUUUAUAUUGCAGAUCCAUCAACUAUGAUUUCAUCAUUCCAGAUUUAUUUUUCUUAGCUAAAAUUUCUUGAGUUCAUAUAUAUCAUAAUGUAUUUUUUCCCAGUUCUGAAUGGGUAUCAUUUUUAGUGAUCUCUGGCUUUCUCUUCUGCAGUAAGCAAGCUGAUCAUGGGAGUGUUGUAGGUCUUUGGAGACAUAUACAGGUUUAUAAUGUUUCAAACAAGCAUUUUAAGUGUCCAUCAACAGUGAAAUGAAUCUUCUGUAAGUACUGUAAAUGUACAGCAUUUUUUCCUUCCCUUAGACUGGUUCCAGCUGCCAUGUCAUUUUGAAAGAGAACAGCACAUUUUUAGUAUAAUUUAGCUGAGAAUUCAACUACUAUCAAUGUGUUCUACAUCUGCUAUAGAUUUAAAGAUUGUUAUUCCAGUGAAAGUGUAGAAGAUGUCUCAGGUUAUUUAUUUCAACAUGAAAUCAUCUAGCUGUAGCCUUUUUUAAACAAGCAUUCAUAUUAUUUAACAUUCUUAUAACAUUGUAUGUUAAUGUAAAAUAUAUUUGCAUAAUAUGCAUAUAAGUAUAUUUUGUCAAUAUUUUUCUUCCUUGUGCUUGCUAUUGUGACCGCAUGUUAUGCCAUAUUUUUGUUUCUGUGAUGUUAUAACUUUUUAUUCUCUAGAGUUAAGCAAAUAGAGCACUUCCGAUACUUUGAUUUGGUAAUGGAGCACUUUCAUAAUUUAUUUAUAUACUGCAAGUAUAUACACCCACACUUACCAAGGUAGUGUGCUGCCAUCACAGAUCACAGGAGUAUGGUUUUUUUCAGCAUUAACUAUGUUCUAAUACAUCCUUCAUGUGAAUGUGACCCCUUUGGUUUUCAUCACAAUUUGUUCCCUCACAGGGAUUCCAACUUUUUUCAGUCUAGUAGAUUGUAGUUGUCAAGGUAUGCCGAUUUCAGAUCUGUAAACUUAAUCUGUUAUUUAUCAGAACUAAACCUUUCUAAAGAAGAGAAGAUAUAUUUUUUGUAAACAGUUUCUAUCAUGUACAUUCUCAAAUAACAAGAAAUACAGUAGCAUAAAUAGAACCAAAAGAACACAAUACAGGCUUAGCCCUGCCAGUUCUCUGUGUCUGGAAUUCCUCUGGACAUCGAUGGGAUAUUUUGACAGAUAGAGAGGUUUGGAUCAUAGUUAGAGACUUCUAUGGGAGAAAAUAUGUGAGGAUAAGCAUCUAGCAAAAACACCAAAAAGGGAUGAAACUGAAAAGGCUGCCUUGGCUCUGUAAUGACCCAUGUUCUCACUAGUACUUAAUUUAUCUGCGAGUAGAGCAAUGAUACUUGUGUUGCUGCCUUUACAGUCCAUUACUGUUCCCUCCCGUAUUUGCAGCUGAACUGUGAAACUUUGCUCUGGACUGAAAUUCAGCACAGAUAAACCUGGUUUGCAAAGCCUGCGUUUCAGUUCCACCCUGGGAGCAUGACUGGGCUCCCCACAGUUGCCUUGCAAUGAAGCUGCCGUGCGAUCCCCACCUGGGAGUGGUCACUUUAACCCCAGCAGCUGGCGUGGGCAGGAUCAGCGCCGCAGUCCUGCUGCAUCCUUGGCAGUGGUGCAAAGUGACUGGAACUGCAGUUUUUAAGCACUGUAUCUGCAGACAAAUAUACAAUAUGAAGAGCCUCAAAGGAACCUGUAUAGCUGGAGCAGAAAAACUUGUUGUUUAAAAGCUCCUCAGUAUUAAGUCCCAUUGGUAAACCAUAAUGUAUUGUAAGCUCUCUAAUAGCUCUUCAAACUGUGAAUUGAUUAUAGAGACCAUUGUCAACAUUGUAAUCAAAGUAACUAGCAAUUAACACCCUCCCAAAGUACAUAUUAGAUAGAAUUGUUGAAAAACCUUCCCCAGUGUUUAUCUUAAUAGCAAAAUAUAUUUAAAGAAAACCAUCUGAUUUUAAUAAAAAUUAUAAAUAGUAGGCUUUGCUUUAGAAAAAUUGCCCUACUGAAAUGAUCUCCCAGCAAGUCUUCCAGUAAGUGUCCUAAAUAACUAUGCUGAAAACAGGAUUCAAGAAGAGAGUGGUCCUGCCCUCAUGAUUUAAUGACCAUUCUCUCUUUUAUUCAAGCCCCAGCUCCUACAAUCAUGUGAUCAGGCAGAAAUCUUCAAUAGAAAGUGGUUUUGGUUUUUUUUUAGUUGUGAUAGAAAUGUAUACUUCAAAUCCCACUGAAAUCAGUUGUUCAGUGGCUUCAACCAGAAUUUCCAAGCAUAUGGAAAAUUACUGUUUGGCCAGAGCAAAGAGACAAUGUGGAUUUUUCAGGACCCUGUAUGGGCAAGAGAACUGAGUCUCUGAGGACUCUCUUUCUCUUUCUCUCUCUCUUACCCUUUGCACAACUGGAGGGCAGGAUGUUACUACAGCCCCUUUCAGAGACUGCACUCCCCACCGUGUCUUUUGUUGCAAAAAGUGGGCAGUCGCACGUUUCAGCUUUUUCACAAGAUUUCGCGUUCAUUGGUUUGGUUGAGUUCCAUGGGACACAAACAGCUUUAACCUUGAACAGAUCCAAGUCUUGGUUUGACUUGAAAAAGCCAGGAGAAUCUUACUUAAGGUUAGCACUUCCUCUUACACACACAUUUUUGUGCCUUUUUUUGCCAAUUCCCUUCCUUCAGCCCCAAAAUGACUUCGUACACACACACACGCACACAUACACACACACACACAUAGGUGUUAAGAACAGCGUUUGCCUUGACCUCCCAUUUUCUGGCUUUUAUCCCUGUGUGCUAGCUGCAGUAUAUUAUUUUAACCAUACAUGGCUUUAAGACUAAAAAUGGUAAUUUUAAUCAAAUCACACCAGAGUUAUGUCUUUCAUAGCUAAUUAACUACUUUGUAACUUAACACUACUAUAAAUAACAUUUGCACAUCAUUUGUUUGUAAAAGGCUUUAAAACAAAAAAAAAGAAAAGUGGAACUAUUAUCUGUUAUAGCCCAAAGGGUCAAUAAACAGUAGAAAUUUCAUCCCAUUGUAAAGAUAAGCUAAAACCCAGUCCUUUUUGCUUAAGGCACAUCUAUGUAUUUUUGGUAUUCUUCAGCAGUGAAAAAAAAAGGAAUAGUAAAAUGAAAUGAUGAAGAGAUGCUUUAUGAAAAUAUUGAUGAAUGAAUAUUAAUUUAUUAAAAAGGAUUUAAUGAUUUUUUGUGCUUCUUUUUUCUGGGGAUGGAGGGAGUGUAAUGACUGUUUAGCUAAAUUUUAAUAUUUAAUUGCAUGUUAAAUAUCAGGUAAUGGUUAGUCUUACACAUUUUAUAGGAAAAAAAGAAAGAAUUUUCUUAUUGCUACACAUGCAGCAGAAGAUAUUUUAAACAUUAAAUGACUAUAUUUCCUGAUGUUUUAUACAGUAGAUCAAGGAAGAGGGAAAAACUGCAUCCCCUGACUUAGCAAGAUUCUCAAUUGCAAACCAAUCUGUCUUCAAGCUGGGACAUUGCCAGUUAAGAGCAGAAAUUUGUUCUGUGCUUUAUAUGAAAAAGCCCUUCUUUUGUUUCCUCCUGGCCCAGGAGGCAAAAAAGUUUUUGAUAACAAAACAAGACAGUGGUUUUUUAUUUGUUUCAGUAAUUGAAUAAUAAAUAUUUAAAAACCAAACAUGA